AUGGAACCGCGGGAAAGCCUUGACGAUGAGGGCGCGCCUCCCCAAGCCUACCGCGACGACGAGAACGCGAACGCGAACACAGUUUCUGCUGAGCCAGCCGACGUAGCCGCGAACUCCGAGACAUCCGGCGAGGAGUAUUAUAGCCCGCAAGAACCCUAUUACGCGACUAAAUACAUCCCGCCGCGGUUACAACGUGUAUGGAACAAUGUUGUGGUAUGGGUUAAGGGUCCCCAACCACCACGACCUUGGAAGAUACAUCCUUUCUUCCCCAAGGUACAGACUGCGCCGAUUCAGUUGUUGAACAACUACUUUCCAGAACGACGACAAAAGAUUACCUUGUUGGUCUUUUUCUACUUCUGCUGGCUCCUUACCUUUGGAUUGGUACUGCAUCGUAGCGCAUUUGCAGCAGAUAUACCGGGAUAUGGAAGCCCAGUGCGAAUACGGUGUACGGAUCGCUUUUGGAGCGAUGGCAAUGGCUGUGGGCUUAAUGGAGAUCUCUGCCGGCCCUUUGCCAACAGCACUAUGCCUUUCCGCUGCCCGGCAAACUGUAGACGCGAGCAAUUGCUGAAUCCACAUGCUGUUGGUGACAAGAACGUGAACUACCGCCAACUCGUCAUUGGCGGACCGACCGACGAGGAAGAGACGUUGGAGAACACAUACUAUCGCGCAGAUUCUUUCAUUUGCGGAGCAGCUAUUCACGCUGGCUUUAUAAAUGACGCGUCCGGCGGGUGCGGAGUUGUUGCGCAGAUUGGCGAGAAGACCAACUACCCUAGUGUGAACAGGAGGCAUAUCAAGAGUAUUGGCUUCGACUCGUACUUCCCAAGGUCCUUCUCCUUUCUAUCUGGCACUCAAGCCAAAUGUCGCGACCUACGUUGGCCAUUGCUAGGCGUGUCGCUGACCUUCACCAUCGUCUUGUCCCUGUUUACGACGUCGCCCUCCGUUUUUUUCUCUUCCAUAUUCAUCGGUGUCUUCUUCCACGUUGCGCUUGUAUCAGACCCACCAAGCCUUACCGACUACUACUCCAUCGUGAGUAUUGCCUUGGGACGCUUUCUUCCGGCAUCAUUUUGCAUGUAUGCUGUCUACCGAUUUGCGGUGCGUCGCCAACUGCAAGGCCUUUACGCACAGGUCGAGAAAACUAUCCUUUGGCUUGGAGGAUGUUGGAUCGGUGCUUUGAAUAACUACACAUUCGACAAUAUUCCUAUCGAGCGCCUCACACCGCACGAUAUCCAGAACCAACCAGGCGCCAUUCCCGCCCUUAUCAUCAUCGUUCUUAUCUUAUUCACCAUCGCUCUAGGACAAGCGUGGUCGUUCCGUGUUGAAGGUCGCUUGCCGCGCUACCUUGCCAUCUAUGGCGCCCUGGUGGCUGGCAUUCUCGCACUCGUUGCCAUACCGAAGAUGAACGUUCGCAUCCACCAUUACAUUCUCGGAUUGCUCCUUGUUGCUGGUACAUCUAUGCAAACACGUCCUUCCCUCCUGUUCCAAGGCAUCCUAAUUGGUCUCUUUAUUAACGGCACUGCACGCUGGGGCUUCGCCAGCAUCCUCGAGACGCCUAGUGCACUCCGUGGCGACGCACCUAUGGGCACUUUACUUCCUAUCAUCACUGCACCGAUCAUCCACAACAACCUGAACAUUCAUCAUCUGAAACCGAACAUUACCUUCGAUUGGCACUUUCCUUUCCCUGAGCCUUAUGAUGGAAUGAGCAUCUUGGUCAACGAUGUGGAAAGGUACCAUGAAUACGCUGACCGUAUGGAGGAAAGCUGGACUUGGACUAGGCAUAUGGAAGGUGUCAACGAGUACUUCCGUUUUGGAUACUUAAAAGGCGGUGGAAGGGGUGAUUACACAAAAGCUGGAGUUUGGAGAGCGGACGGUGGUUGGACGGAGAUGGCUUCUGGACCAUCAUGA